GUGUUUUGAUCUGUUUGGUUAUUUUCUCCUCGCGUGCGUGUUUUUCGAGGAAAAUUAAGUUCAAAGUAUAAUUAAGACUUAUUUAGAGUUUAACUAUGUCACAACAGGAGGUUUCGUGCGGUCUGGAGUACUUAGUGGCGCCAGAUUUGCAAGGAAGUUUAACUGAAGCGUUUCACGCAAACUAUUCGUUUGUCGUGACGCCGGUCGUGCACCCUAGGUUUCGGAGGCAUCAUGUAGCUCAUGGGAGUAGAAUAGGAGGGUUCACGAGGUCGGACAUGAUCCUUUCACCACAGGAUUGGACGAGUAGGAUAGUGGGACGGUUGUCUCCGUACUUGAACGUGGAUAGUCCGAACGACGUGGUUCGGCAGAGACAUGAGGAUUGCAUGAACGAGGAGCUGUCUUAUUCCAAAGGGCUGGGGCUGCCGGCCCUACUGGUGACAGUGCAUGGCGAGAAUACCCAUAACUUGGCCCGGAAUUUGAUGAGCUAUUUGGAAAACAGCCAUCACCCAACAUUGGUAUGGGCUCAAGUGCCCAUGCAGUGUAGCCGGACAUUACGGAACACUAUAGACAAAGGCCUGGAUGAUGAUGAGGAAGCCUGGAAUGAACCGUGGCUAUGGUGGUCUAAGUUUCAUGAAAGAUUGCAAUGGGACAAAAGAGUAGGUGUGGUCCUUGAGCUUUCUGCCGACCUUCCGUCCGAGGAGAUCAUGAAAAGGUGGCUCGGAGAACCUGUGAAGGCUGUCAUACUUCCAACUAAUAUCUUCCACAACAACAAGAAAGGCUACCCAGUGCUAUCCCGGGCCCACCAGCAAGUACUAAUAUCCCUGGUGGAGCAUGAAGCCCAAGUUGUGAUGAGCGGCGCCCGGCGCGCGAGUAUAGAGCACUAUCGCCAGUACAUCGCCAGGCUCUGGGCAAGGCGCCCGGCGCCCAAUCAGGACCCCAUGAUGGACUAUGCUAGGGGAUGGGAAGACUACCUCCAAACGCCUCUGCAGCCGCUAGCAGACAACCUGGACACGCACACAUACAACGUUUUCGAGAAGGACCCCAUCAAAUAUGACCAGUACCAAAAGGCCAUCACGCAGGCACUACAGUAUUUGCUCAAGAAAAGGGAACAAAGUUCUUCUGAUCAGAAUGAAACCAAAGACCUAUCAGACGUGAUCAACCGACUGCAGCUAGGGUCAGGGGACACUAAGCUUGAGGACAAAGAUUCUCCCAUCGUGGUCAUGGUGCUGGGAGCGGGCCGCGGGCCGCUCGUGAGAGCCGCGCUCAACGCCUCCGAUAUUGUGCAGACUAAGAUUAAGGUUAUAGCAGUCGAGAAGAACCCGUGCGCAGUGGUAGUGUUAGAAGCACAAGCACGAGAGCUAUGGAGCUCCCGUGACGUCACUGUAGUCCCGGGCGAUAUGCGAAGGUUACAGCUAGCAAAUAAGGCGGAUAUCAUCGUUUCAGAGCUACUUGGGUCCUGGGGUGACAACGAGCUGUCCCCCGAAUGCCUGGACGGAGCGGCCGGCCUGCUGAAGCCCGACGGCGUGUCCGUCCCGCGCCGGUACACUUCCCACGUGGCCCCCGUGUCGAGUCCGAGGCUAUGGGCCGCUGCUAAAGCAGCCGUGGCCUUGGCACCGCACAAGAAUAACCUUGAGAUGCUGUGGGUCGUUUAUAUGCAGAAUAAACACGAUAUCGCUGAAACUAAGCCAGUAUUCACAUUCGAGCAUCCAGCCAAAGCGGUCCGGGACCACGAGGGUCAAGGCGUGACGGAUCAUCAAGGACUCCCCGCUACUGAUAACAGGAGACAGUGCACACUCACAUGGACUGCAGAACAGGACAACGUGAUGCACGGUUUCGGCGGCUACUUCGACUGCCAGUUGUUCGGCGAGGAGGAAAUCAGUAUACUGCCCGCCACGCAUAGCAACGGCAUGAUAUCCUGGUUCCCUGUCUUCAUUCCUAUCAAGACGCCCCUCCGCGUAAGCAAAGGCGACAUCAUCACCGCUCGUUUCUGGCGCUGCGUGGACUCGCACCGCGUGUGGUACGAGUGGCUCGUGGAACUCGGCGGCCGCUGCACCGAACUGCACAACUGCGCGGGCAACAGUGCCGAGAUGCUCUUAUAGUAACCUGUACAAUAGUUAUAUCAUCGCUGUGCUACUGCAUACGCACCCAGUGCGAAGCUCUGUACGAGUGGCUACACCGCAUGUUGCAUCUAUCUAUCUAUCUAUAGCAGCCUCUAAAGCGCCCGUCUUCGGACAUAGGCCUCCUCUCCAUUCCUCCACGCUUGCCGGUCCAUUGCCAUCCGGAUCCAGUUAUCGCCAGCUAGUUGGCAGAUGUCCUCUCCAUCUAAAGAGGGGGCUUGCCGCGACCACGGGUGUUAGCGGGCUUCCACACCAUUGUUCAUCUCGCCCAGCGACUAUGGUCCAUCCUGGCAAUGUGCCCAAUGUGCAAUGUGUGUAUGUUGCAUAUAUUUACCUAAAUCCAUAUAAAAAGGUUUUUACAAUAUGGACAGUCAACCAAAUCGUGCCACAAAAAAAAAAUUAAAAUCGGACCACGGGUCUCGGAGUAAUCGGUGAAGACAUGAACCCCAAUUAGAUAUUGAAGUGAUUCUAUGAUCAGUUAUGACUCGUCGUUGAUUCCGUCAACGCCAUGCAAGGUUUAAGUAGGCUCGCGCUAAUGACAAGAUUUGUUUGACCGUCUUUAUUAAACUUGUAUAGUUUAUAAACAGAGCUAAAGAUCUUUCUGAAGAGUGGCGCAAUUGUGUAUUGAAUUUAGUGCAUUUUUAGUCUACAUGCCAGCAAAAUUUAAAAUUUUGUCUUGUUAUGUGAUACCACCGAUAGUGUAUAAAAAUAACCAUUGUUAUUUUGUAUUCUAUGUAUAUCUGUUUAAACCAUUAAUAUCUUACGAAGUGACAUAAAGUAACUUGCAAUGUUACUAUAAAAUGUUAUGUACCUAUAAUUAUUGACAUUAUAUGUUUUUAAAAACAUAUAAAUAUUGAUGUACUAAGAAUUUGUUAUCUCUUUCAAUAGCACCUAGCAUGUUAUUUUAUCACGAACAUAAUGUAAACGUUGCUAGCAUACAGACACUAGCAACGAUGUUUCCGUAUACCUAACUAAAAUCUCACCAGACAGGCAAGCAUGGUCGCGCGAUAAAUGAUAAAACAUCAGGCCAUCCCUAUCGCACUAUUUGUAAGUGCGACAGUCUUGGACAAAUAGACAAGUGGCCAAUAAUAGCUCCGUAGCGUAUCGUUAUAUCUCUAUUUUGUCGCACUAAUACUGAAAAGAGAUAGAGAAUCAUGUAAACGAUUGGCUACUUGUCUAUGCACACUGUCGGGUCCCACAGAUUUGAAUGCAUUGCAUUUGGUGGUUUAAAUGGUCCAUGAUAAAACCAUGCUAAGGACAUUUUAUUAUAAGUGAUACAAAUAUGUGAUCUUGUUAAAUGUUACAUGGUAAUGUAAAGAUUAAGUUUUAAGGAUACUUACGAAAUAUAAGAGUCAUUUUUA